AUGCAAGACGAGGGAACUCUGUACUGCAACCCUCGACCGGCCUUGCCCCAAAACCUCUUGUUUGGUCUGAGCGGUGACCAUAACACUUUUGCUCCUUCUUCACAAGUAACAGCAUUCAAGAUUGUCCUUCUCGCCGCCAGCGUCGACCGACUUGACUCGGCGAGAAUCGCUGGAUCUGGUAAAAGAUGCGAAUUCCAAUGAUGUGCAUAUCCUGGAGGCCAGCCGCUCUCCUGGCCCUCUCCCUGUGCCUUAUCGCUCCUUCAUCUCGCGCGUUGCCGUUCACGCGAAAGCCGGGUGGACUUGA